UGCAACGCAUAUAUACGUCGCGCGGAACGUUGUGUGAUUCCCAAUUUUUCACAGCAUGGCAGAGAUAAGCAAUAACGACGGUAGUGCGUCCUGUCUUGUUGACGACUCAGGAAACAUGUUAAAUAAUUUUCUAAAUAAUCUACCAGAGAUAGUGUCUGUCAAAACGGAAGACAGCAUUUUGCAAAAGGUAUCGGAGCACAUUAGAUGUACUGCUACGAAAUCAAACGAUGAAAUACAAGAGAAUGAUGUGGAAUUGAAUACCGAAGGGAAUGUCGAAGCUAAUGGCAAAGAGGAUCAUAGAGCAGAGUUACAAAAACAGGUCGAGAUUGGAGAGAUUACUCCGUUUGAAGCAGUAUUUAAACAGUCGACUUUGGAGCAAAAAGAAGGGACUACCAAUAAAGGUGCUCAAUCGUUUGAUCUUGAGAAGUACUUUAAACAGCAAGCUGCUCUUGCCGAGCAAAAGAAAAAAUUAAAGAAACCAUCUAAGACACCUGACAAAGAUCAUUCACCGCCAGUCAAAAAAACAAAAUUACCUAGUACUGAUGCAAAAGUAAAUAAAAAAUGUCAAAAGUCCAGACAUGAGAACAGCAAAGAUGAUACUCCGCAAAGUAUAGAUAAGGCAGACUCCAAUGUAGCAAUUGCUGACAGCAGUUCGGAAAGCGAAUACAUUCCUAGUGACGAUGAACUGGAUUUUGACGUGGAGGAUAAGGCAUCUAAAAGAAGAAAGACUGCAGUUAAAUCAGGAUAUACCCGCAUAAAAAGAACUCGGGAUGAUGGAGAUAAUAAACUAUUCAAGCAGAGGGUGGAAACAAACACCUAUCCCAAAGAUGAGGCAAUGCACGAAAUUAAUACUCUCUUUAAAGUGCCGCUAUGCAUUUGGGAAAAAUUAUAUAGGUAUCAAAGGAUUGCAGUUCAAUGGCUUUGGGAAUUACAUGGUCGUAAAUUAGGAGGCCUCUUGAGUGACGAGAUGGGAUUAGGAAAAACUGUGGAAGUUAUUGCAUUCCUCGCGGGUUUGGAUUGUAGCGAAUUGCUCUCUCACAACGGAAGGUACAGGGGAUUAGGCCCGACUAUAGUUGUAUGUCCUGCUACUUUAAUGGAGCAAUGGGUGAAGCAUUUUCACGAAUGGUGGCCUUUCUUCAGAGUUGUUGUGCUUCAUCAUUCUAGUGGUUACAAUGGUGAUCCAGAAAGUUUGAUAGAAUCUCUACAAACUGGCGGCAUACUUGUUACUUCGUACAACGGAGUCCUCAAACACAAAGAUUUGCUUGUGUCCAGUCAGUGGCAUUAUGUUAUUCUAGAUGAAGGCCAUAAGAUUCGUAAUCCACAAGCGAAGGUGAGCCAAGCGGUGAAACGAUUGUCGACACCGCAUCGAUUACU